AUGUCGACCCUGAGCGCCCUUUCUUCUCCGCUCCUCCGAAGGACGUGGAUCUGCCGAGCUUGUAUACGAUCGCAGCGACAGACGAUACCGCAGCCAUAUGGCUUGUGGCAACAACGAAGCACCUCGGCGGGGCACAAUGCCUUCGCAAGCAGAAUAGGGUCGUCGAGGACAUUUGCAAGCCAAGCAAAUGAGGCGGCCAAUGCCACACCCAAAGCUGCAGGGAGGAGCUCCAAGAGCAGCAAGAGGAGGACGAGGCUGCUGAUAGCUGGAGGUGGAAUUGCAAUUGGCGCAGCAGUCGUUACAGUCAAUGACGACGCGAAGCAUGCUUACGUGGCAGCGCAGCGAAGCUACAGAGUGGUUGCAACGCUGGUGCUCAACAUCAGAGAUUACCGCGACGUACUCAAGCGUGACGACGAACCAGACUACAACGAGCAACUCAAAGCCUGCCACCUACGAUGCGCCAAGCGUACCCUACACACACUCGAGAAGAACGGCUCCAUCUUCAUCAAGCUGGGACAACAUCUGAGCAGCAUGAACUACCUGCUGCCGAACGAAUGGUGCGAUACCUUCAUACCACUGCAAGACAAAUGUCCCGUAUCCUCCUUCGAAUCCAUACAAGACAUGUGCCGACGAGACACGGGCCUUGAGCUCUCCGACUUCUUCUCGGAAUUUGAGGAACAGCCCAUAGGCGCAGCCUCCCUCGCCCAGGUACACCGUGCAACGGUUCGUGAGACGGGUCAGAAAGUCGCCGUCAAAGUGCAACAUCCGGCCCUGGACGAGUGGGCCAAACUUGAUUUGGCUUUGACAAGCUUCUCGUUUACGACGCUCAAGCGCUGGUUCCCCGAAUACGAUCUGACCUGGUUAUCCGACGAAAUGCAGCUUUCCUUGCCACAAGAACUCGAUUUCGCCCUCGAAGGCAAGAAUGCCAUGCGUGCGCGAGAAUACUUCUCUCACGUCCGCGAUGUACCCGUCGUCAUACCCAAAGUCCUUUGGGCAAAGCGCCGGUUACUCGUUAUGGAAUACGUAUCAGGGUUUCGAACGGACGACCUCAAGAGUUUGGAUGAACAUGGCAUUGACAGAGACGAAGUAUCGGCAGCACUGGCUAGGAUAUUCAACGAGAUGAUCUUUGGCAGAGAUGCGCCACUCCAUUGCGAUCCGCAUGGUGGAAACAUUGCUAUACGGCACAACCCGACUCGUUCAGGCAAGACCAACUUUGACGUGGUGCUAUACGAUCACGGCCUCUAUCGUGAUAUCCCUAUGCCCUUGCGACGCAACUACGCAAAACUCUGGCUCGCCGUAUUGGACGCCGACGAAGCUGGUAUGCGCAAAUACGCUUACCAGGUGGCAGGGAUCAAGGAAGAACACUUCCCUCUCUUUGCUUCGGCCAUUACAGGCAGAGAUUAUACCGUGUUGGCAAAGAAGGAGAGUGGCACUGGUGGUGUAAUGACGAGCAGGACGAGUGAAGAGAAGAAAGUUAUUGGAGAUGCGUUGGGAGAGGGGUUGUUGGAGAGUUUGAUCGAGCUGCUUGGACAGGUUCCGAGAGUGAUUUUGUUGAUUUUGAAAACUAAUGAUUUGACGCGGUCCUUGGAUGAAGGUCUGCAUACUCGCCAAGGUCCUAUGCGCACUUUUCUUAUCCUCGCUCGGUAUGCCAGUCGCACGGUGUACGAAGAGAGUUUAGACAACCUCAACGGCAGUAUACUUUGGCCCAGUAACUUUCUGAGUUGGCUGGGUGCGUGGACAAGGCACAUGAGAGUUGAGAUGCAGUUGAGUGGGUACGAGACGUACCUGAAGCUAAGAGCGCUGUUGGGUAUGAGGAAGAUUGAGAUUGGGGAUAGCUUUAGGGAGUAG